AUGCUGAUCAGCCUGGUCACAUUUUCAGAUACAUCCAAGGCAUUUACAGCUUACCGGUCUACAGUAGUCGACGUUGAUAAUCAGUCGGCAUCUCAUCCACGCAAAACCCCACGUUUGGACGCCGACUCUGACUCUGACUCUGGUUCUGCAUCCAGGUCGCGCGAUAGUGUCAAAGGCGAGAAUGUCGACAGAGGUGGCCCAGUAAGGAUUCAAGUCCAUGGUUUUGCAGGCGGUGUCGUCGGAUCUGCGUUGAACAAGGUUUCUGAUAACUUGUUUGUGCGAUUAUUUCGCAGCAUCAGGGCAUUCUUGGAGAAAGGAUCCAAUGAGUUGAGAGUACAACGUAUGAGGGUGUCUACACCGCAUGCCGGGGCGUUAUAUGCGUCAAUCGGCUGGCUGAAGAGCUUGAGAAAGGAGGGUGUAGAGCGGAUCGGACAUUUCGUCGAGACGUGUGCAUGGUUCGAGGGACAAGUGAAUCCUAGUCUUCCUUCUAUUCACGACCUCGCAUUCACUCGUUUCAGAGAGCGCAUAGUUAGCUAUUUUAUCGUGGAAAAGCUUCAGAAAGGCAUCUCCACAUGGGGUCACAUGGGAAAGGAACGAAGAGUACACAUCCACCGCCCCUUCCUUAAAGAGCUCGUUUCCCACCUCAUCACACACCACGUUUACGAUGCCAUCUUCGAGCGACACUUCGUCGAGCAGACUCGGGAGUACUUCUCAAAAGAAUCGUAUCAGAUGGUCGAGGUUGAGAAAGCCAAGGCGAAGGUAUUCCUUGCGCACUGCAACCAGCGGACGAAUGAGGAGCAGGGUAGAGCAAGGGAUGUGAUGCUUGAUGGUACGAGCGCGCUUGUAAAGGAUGCUGCUAUUCGGGCGCUGUUUGAGGUGAGGCUAGAGUGGAUGGCUAAAGAAGUCUUCAUGGAGUGCAAGGGCACUGCUGACCUGAAGAAAGCGUAUGCGCUGUUUUCAUCGGUAGACCGUGCUUUUCCGGAAGUUCAAGGCUUAUGUCCAGGCGGUUCAAGAUCUCGUGAAAAUCAUCGGGCGCUAGCGAAGAGAUUGUUGCUGGAACGCAGUGCAUCUGAUGAUUUUGAGAAGGCCAUGCUCAAGAAACUCAAAGAGAAAUAUGAUCCAGAGUUUGGAAUGGGAGAUCAUAUGUUUAACGACCUUGCGCUUUCACAAGAUAUCAUGCGGGAGUAUCACGCUCGUAUCAGGGAUGACAGCUCCGCAAAGCAACUCUCUGUCAUGGUUUUGCAACGCAGCGUCUGGCCGUUCCUUGCACGAACAAAACACGUGGACUUGCCUUCUUCAGUGAGCGGUACGGUUUCCGGUGUCCGCAUCAAAUACCAAGGGCAUAAGCUCGAUUGGGAUCACUCGCUUGGGACAGCUACGGUAAAGGCGCGGUUUGCGGCUGGUCCUAAAGACCUCACAGUCAGCUUAUACCAAGAUGUCGUGCUGCUUCUCUUGAACAAGGAGACAGAUCGGUAUAGAUACAUCCUAGAAGAGACGCACGACGGGGAGCUGAAGAGGACGUUGCAGAGUCUGGCAUGGGCGAACAAGAAGGUGUUGAAGAAGCGUCCAGUAGGGAAGGACGUGAACGAUCACGCCGUCUUUUACUUUAAUCCGGAGUUCACCGAUCCGUGGGCGAAGGUGCACAUCAACUCUAUUUAG